AUGGAGGAUGUGGCCGCCAAGUACGUGUCCCAGAAAGUUAGUAAGGCCCGCUGGCGACCCGUGUCUGCCGCUGCCCUGCAACCUCCCGAAGUCUUCGCUACCGGCUCGUGGGAUAACGAGGUAACGCGGUUUUCCAUCCCGUCACCCCUUUCCACCCCGCCCCUCUCUCCUGUGGCCUCAGGGUGAGCUGCCUUGGAAAGGGGGGUGCAGCACUCUUUCCCCCCCCGUCUUCGGUGCUUUCCGUUCCUACGUGCACGUUUUCCGUGUCUGAAUCUCGGGGGUCGAGCUGUAUUCGCUUAGACUCAGAGGUCCGUCGAAGCCCCAGACCCCAUAUUUUUUAUUUAGUUUAUUCAACUUGUAGUAGUAGUUACGAUUUAACUGGGCGGUUUUUGUGUUUUGUGUGAUUCUGCCUGUUCUUAUUUAACUGUUGAGCUCCCCGAGCCAGUGAGAAUGUUAGGAUAAUAAUAAUAAUUAAUAAUAAUAAUAAUUUAUACCCCGCCCAUCUGGCUGGGUUUCCCUAGAAAAUGAACUCUUCCCCCGCUUUCCCUCUUUUUUUUUUUUUAAAUGAACGAUUAAAACAACUACUAGCCAUUUGUAAUUAAGGUGUGGGGUGGCUUAGAAAUAACUGGCAUAUACUAAUAAUAAUUUCAUUCUGCUUUGGAAGUGUAAUUUAAUAGCUUUCUCUCUGUUUGUUUGCUCCCUCUCCUCACUAAUGCAAUAAGGUAGAUUAUGUGAUCACUGAAAGCUUUUGUACAAAAUUAUAGAAACCUGGUAAACUGUCUAUUGACAGUUCAGUAGGUACUACGUAUGUAAAAAAGAAAAUCCAGCAGUUUUGUGUUUCCAUUCUUUUUACCUCUAUGUGGUGUGCACAAUAUAUAGUGUUUUGUAUCUACCUUUUAACUUCAUAUAUUUGUUGAUGAUAGUAUGGUAUUUGGGACACUUUUUUAGCUUGGCAAGAAAAAUGAAAAUGUAGCUGAAGUAGGUUGUUAUCCAAGUUUGGUUUUUCUUAUACUGGUACAAGAGCUUGCUUUUCUUGUAAUCCUACAGGAAAAUAAGAUUUCAAUAUGGUCUGUUGGAGACUUUGGAAGUUUGACCCCAAAUGGAGAAUACCAUGGAGAACCACAUCUGCUAUGUGAUAUUGAACACAGUGGUGAUGUUAUGGAUAUGGAGGUAAAAGUGCUAUAAAAAUAGCUCUUAAUGACAUUUAAUUUCCAUGUUAAGAAAGUUUAAGGUGUUGCAGUUAUACCAGUAAGAAAGGGAGUUCCUAACCUCUACAGUUGGGGAAAUUAAAUAUGGGACAUUGAUACAAUUUGCUUAUCAAAUCUUGUGUAAAUACAGAUUUGUGCGUUAACAUGUUUGAGGAUUUCUUCUCCCUUAGUUUUUGGAUCAGGAGAGAAUUGUGACUGCUUCAUCCACUGGAAGUGUGACCAUAUUCAGACAUCACCAAAAUAAUCAGGUAAAUAGUAUUCGCUUUCAGCUACUAUGACAGUUGCUCUGCAUGUCUGAAAUAAACAAGUGUGAAGCUGUUAAAUAUAAAUGACAGCUAAAAAACUCUAGUAGAAGUGGUUAGUUCUUUCUCUUGCACUUAGUUGACUAAAGUGUAAUUGUGUGGUCCCUAGGCAGCUUUAGGAAUAUUUUAUGAGAACUAUACCCAUACAACUCGUCAGGUUUGUGUUGAUGUAUAUUAGCUGAGUAUACAUUAAUGUUGACAAAACCUUCAUUGUGGAAUAGUCUGCAGUUCUAAUCACCAUUAAUCAUAGUGAGACGUGCUUCUUAGUACUGCUGCAUAUGAUUGUGCUGUUAAUAUAAAGCUCAAUAUACAAAAGAAAACAGUGAAACAUUUUUACUUCAUUAGAACACUUAUAAUGUAGUCCUAUAUUAGAUGGGGGUUCCCCCCCAGUUGUGUCUGGGACUUCAUCAAAGGCUACACUCCAACUAUCAGCAGUUAUGGAACUGUUGAAGCAAGGGCCAGUCUCUGUCACUGGCCAGAAGAAUAAGGGGCAUUGGGUACUUGUGUAUUUUUAACGCGUUAUAAGCUGUCUGAGAGAUUAUUUGACCUAAAGGUAGUAUAUAAAUAAACAAUGGAUGGGAUUCAGCUAAGUCAUUAAAUGACAUGCAAUGGGACCUUCCCUCCCUCCCGCACACCCCCUAAAUCUGUUCUCUCGGGUUGGAAUUCCUGGAACAUAUUUAGGAGGUGUGCAGGCAGAAGAAACUGGAAACCCGUUUGCAUGAGCGGACCUCACUCCCUGUGUACAUACCCCACCUACCGCUAUGUUGAAUUCCAUCCAUAAUUAUUUGCCCUUGUCCUUGAACGUCUGCUGAUAACUUACCAUUUGAUUUGCUGUGUGUAAUGUCUUUCAGAUUAAAUGCAAAACCAUUCCUGCAGAAUGGUUUGAUGGGAUAUGUCUGGCAAUCUGAUUUCCUUGGAGUUGGUUACUCAUUAUAAAUAACUGCAAGGCACUGACCUGAAAUGUUGUAAAUCAGGGUGGGGAACCUUUUUCAACCCAGGGGCUGCAUUCCCUCAUAGCCAGCUUUCUGGGGCCACAUGCCAAUGGGUUCAAAAUGAAAGUAAGUGUGACCAGAGUGGACAAGGCCAGAGCUGAUGGUGUGGCCAACAAACAUAAAUCUGCUGAUGCUGUCUGAGUGUAUGUGGGGGGGGGGAGGGGGCUCAUUUAGUUUCACUGCAUACAGGUGGUGUAGUGACAAUAAAGGUUUAUUUUUAUUAUUAUACACAUAUUCAUUCUCUCCUGCCUUCUUGCUGCACUGAGGCUUUGAAAAACAGUAGGCUUUUUGGAAGCUAUCUGUGACAAGCUAAUUGUGAGUGUGUACACACUGACCCAAUUUGCUUGUUGUGUUAACAAUAACAAAUGGUUUGCCCUGAACAUAGAAAUUACGUCUGUUUUUCUAUUCCCCUUGAAGAAGCAACAUUCCACCACCCCUGGUUUAGCAUCAUGUCUUUUUCUCCAGAAAAAUACACAAUUAAGUCAAGAACUAACCUUAACUUGACAUUGUGGUUUGGAGUGAAACAAACCACGAUUGCCAGUUUGGAUGUAACACUAAGUUAGGGAUUGUGAUUUGUGGCUCCUGACUGUGUUAGAAAGGAAGUGAAGUGAGAGCCAUCUGCACAUCUGUGGUAAACCAUUAAUUAAGGUUUUCAUGAUGCUGCCCAUCCAACAUAUUCUAGUUACCAGGAAAGGUGGAAACAGAAUACCUCUGUGUCGCUUCCUUGAAACUUGGACAUGUCACUCAUGCAUUUGUACUUCAAACAUUUUUAAAAUCCUUUGGAAGAUGUGGGGUGUAUAGGAGCAGCCAGAAAUAUAAUAUGUGUUUGCUUGCAAAACUGAAGAUAUAUUUACUGGCAAUUUAUAUAAUACAUAGAUUGUUAUCUUGACUUUUGAAACUUUAGUAUCUAACUUACGUAGUUGUUACUUCUGUAGCAUUUUUCAUUGUACCAUUUUAUUUACAAUUCACAUUUAUGCAGUCUUACUGCACUCUGCAAAUUGGUUUAGCCUAAGUGGUAAUUUGUAUAAAGCUACCCAAAAACCUUUUAUGGAGUUUUGAACUUUUAUGGAGUUUUGAACUUGAAUGCGUGCAUCACAGCUCUAAAUUCAGAUACUGUACUAACUUUUUCCACAUAGGGUGGCUGUUUAAUCCUCUCUUUUGUCUUUUAGACUUUGUCUUUAAACCAGAAAUGGAAAAAUGCACAUUACUAUGAUGCAUCUGGUGGCAGUGCAUCAUGCACUGGGAUCAUAUGCAACAGCCCUGAAAUUUUUACAGUUGGUGAAGAUGGUAGGAUAAAUGUGUUUGAAGUUGACCAUAAGGAAGCUAAACGUACUAUAGGUAAGUAAUUUUAGCUCAAGUCCUAAAUAUUUGUGCAACAUAUUGUUGUAAACUUUCCUGCUGACCUUUGCUAGCUCAGGAUAAAAACGAAUCAAUUGUCUGGGGAGUCCUUGGAAGAUCCAUGAGUGCCAUUUUUAUGUGAACUUAAUCAUAGUUGUAGGGAACAAGAAUAUUAAGUACACUUUUAGAGCAAAGUAUAUACAACUAUGAAACACUGGAAUGUGAUUUACACUGAUACUGUACAUCGAUGGGCAUGUGCAGUAUUGCUUACCUUACCCUAUAAACCACCAGUUCAUUGAGGCUCAGGAAGACAUUAAAUUUUGGGUGGUGCCCUUUGUCAUCUGCCUUAAUCUACAUGCCAAGGUGUUUUGAAUGUUUUUAAGCAGAUGAGAUAAACAUUUUCCAAACUGACAGCUCUCCUGUUUGAACCGAAGCUCAUGCUUUGUUAUAUGUUAGUACUGCUAUUAGUUGUUAAAACUCCUUCUGCACACAUCCAAUUUCCAUAGGAAUGGUAUACUCUGCUGCAAUGCCUGUACUUUGCUUUCUCAUUAAAAGCAUUCUCUAAUAAAAUUAUUAGGUUUUUUUAGAGCAAAGAAUAUUCUCAGGGACCUACAGACAGACAUGUUCUGCUGUGGUUUUCAUAAGAACUCAUAUGCGAAUGCAGCAAAGCUUCAACAGUAAGAUCCUAAAGAAUAUGGUUAAAAAAGUGCUUUUGUAGUAAUGGUUAGAAAAGUGAACAAGAAACAAUAGCUUCAGCAAAAUGGAAGCUGUAGACCAAAACUGUUUAGCCAUUUAACAAAAAUCUAAAAUUGCUACUGGUUUCUUAACCAAGGUAUUGAGAUAUUUAAUAAUGAGAUAGUGGCAUAACAAACCAGAGCAGUUCUCAGGGAGGCAACACUCUUCUCUCAUACACCAAUGAAGUUAUUCUGGUGUUGAUCUUUUGUGAAGACACUGAUAAGGGCCAUGUACACUCUAAAAUACUUGACCUUUACUUUCAUGAAGUUUCUAAUUGGAUUCUUUGCACUUUAAUAAGCAUUGUACAAAAAUUCCCAUCUCUCUUGGUAGACAGAAGUGUGAGCAAUAUAUCAGAAACAGUAAUAUUGAAUUCUGUGGGGAUUACUCCCAGGUAAAUGGCUAUAGGAUUACAACCUUAGUAUACCCUUAAUGAGAAGGUAUAUUAGUAUAUCCAACUAGUAGUUUACAUGCCAGAAAGUUCUCUCUAGAACAUUUAAUCUCCUGGGGUAAAUCCUACAGUUACUUCUUAGAAACAGUUGUUCACUCUGCUUUUCUGAUAUAUAAACAAACAAUGCUUGCUAAGAGUGAUACAGUUUUAGAUGAUAUGAACUUUUUUGUUCUAAUUUCCUGUAGAUAAUGCUGACAGCAGUACACUCCAUGCAGUUACUCAACUUCGCACAACAGAGAUCCUGACAGUCAAUUCCAUUGGUCAGCUAAAAGUAUGGGAUUUCAGACAGCAAGGAAAUGAGCCUUCACAGAUAUUUUCAUUGUAAGUAUGUACUCUCAGAUAAGGAAUGAUGUUAAAGCCAAGCACUAUAGCUAAAUGUCAUUUGCUUCCUGGAUUACAGCCUGUUUGAUUCCCCAUUAAAAUGUGUGUUCCUCUUGCUUUGCAGGACAGGGGAAAGAGUUCCACUGCACUGUGUGGAUAGGCACCCUAGUCAGCAGCACAUUGUAGCCACAGGCAGCCAAGAUGGAAUGUUGAGUAUUUGGGAUGUAAGACAAGGCGGCAUGCCAGUUUCCUUGCUAAAUGCUCAUGACGCAGAAUGUAAGUACCGAAACAAACAGGCGUAAUUCUUGCGCCUGUCCUAAUGUCAACAACUAGAGGUACAAGCCUUCCACACAUGAGUACAGUACUUGGGCGAGGCAGGAUUUCCAUAGAGCUCAAUAGACCCUUGUAUCUCUCCUCCUUGGCAUAUACAUGGGUAUAUGUUUGGGAGGUCUGUACAACCUCCAGUUAUUCAAAUGGUUGUGGUGUGUCCAUGUAUACGAGCUAUGAGGUAAAAGAGAAAUGGCUCUAAGCCAGCCUUUCUUAACAUUGGGUCCCCAGAUUCAUAGAGUACUGUAAUAGAAUUGUAGCAUUGCAAGGGACCCCUAGGAGCAUGUGUGUAUAUUCAUAUCAGGGAAUUAGCCCUUCCAGAACAUGAAUGAAUAAGAGAAUUUAUUACAAAAUUCUUAAAUAGAACCUGUUCCCGGUACAGUCACCCUCUGUUCUGCUGGGAGACAAGAGAGCUAGUGCAGAAACUACGACACAUUUUACAAAAUAUACAAGAGCGUAGCAACUGUAACUUGGGAACAUAGUCUAGGCAGUGGAAUGCUCUCAUAAGGUGCUCAAGAGGGAACAAUAGAGAUUUCACUGUAUUUUCUCAAUAAAAUUUCAUUUCAGGAAAAGCUACAAUCACACCCCAUGUGAGGGUUCUGUUCCAGAGGCAGUGUGCAUACUCAAAAUCAUUUUGUAGUUCAUAGAAAAAAUAUAUGUAUGAGUCUACUUUGUAAAAAUUCAAGCUUCUGUUCUACUUAGGCUCAUUGUAUUCGACUCAGCCUCUAAUCAUAGUCUAUUAUUGUAAAAUGUUGCACGCCUUCAUGCUAUCUAGUACCUUUAUUAUGUCCAGAUUAGUGUAUAUUUCAAUAAAAUUUGUUUACUUGUUCAGUAUGGGAAGUCCACUUUCAUCCCUCCAAUCCUGAUCAUCUGUUCACUUGUUCAGAAGAUGGAGCUCUGUGGCACUGGGAUGUUUCUACUGACGUGUCUGAAAGAAAAUCAUUCCUUCAUACAGGUAAAUUUCCUAUUUUUGAGAAACUUGAAGGAGCUUAUCUUCUGUCAGUAGACUUGGGAGUGAGUGUAAAGGAAAAGCAUAGGACAACAUGGGCUUAUCAAGCAUAGAUGUUACUACAUUUUUGUGUCUGCUCAUCUUCAGAGAGUUCUUCUGUUGUGAUAUUCAGUUUGGCAUUUUCUGUUUAUUUCUAACGUGCUGUGUCUCUAGCCAAAUUAAGACAGAGCAGUAAAACUUGGCACAAUCUACGUUUCAAGUUCGUAAACUGGCCUAAUGUUCCUCUGCUAUCCCAUCUGUGGUUAAUGUGAGGAGGGAGGAAAUAUAUACAUAUACUAGAAAUCUCAAAGGAAUUCUGUGGUGAAAGCAGUACAGUAUCUGGUGCCAAUUUUCCAAGUUGGUGUGGUGAUGUGGUAUGUUUACAAUCACUCUGCUUGGGGAAUGAAACUUUCAGCAGUGACUUACUGCUUUGAUAAAGGAAGUGAAAGGUUGGUAGUGCUUGAAGGGAACACACAAAUGUAGAAAAGAAGGUGCUAGAAUGAAAGGCUCAAAUUUUGAAAGUUGGGUAGAAGAGAUCCCCUUGAAAUCAAGUGGUUGAAGGCUAGGCCAUGAAUUAUAAAAACAGAGAUGAGCCGGGGAAGAGAAGGAAAUAAUGUGUUGCAUUAUGUAGCAUAACAUGUGUAGCACCUGAAGAACAGUGGUUUUGCCCAUGCUGCUGCUACUCUGUAUUUUAUUUAUAGGCAGCCAUUUGGUGAAAGACUCCAACCCAAAUAGUAAAACACUAUAGAAAAUAUAAUUUCCAAUAAUAAAACCCAUAAAAAACAUAAAAUUCAGCAAUCAUAACAACUUAAAACCAUUGACAAAGUAUGUUGAAACAUAUUGGCAAUGAAGUCUUUGCCUAACACCAAACAGAAAUUAAGGUAGACACUAGGGAAGUUUCCCUGGGAGAGCAUUAAAUAUAUGAGGCACUGUGACAGAGAAAAUCCUCUUCCCAUUAUCACUUGCCUAACUUCAGGGCAACUUGCCUAACUUGUCAAGGGGAUAUGGACAAGACCUGAAGAAUGAAGCGUUCAUGUUUUGGAAGGCAGUCCUUAAGAUAGCCAAGUCCCAAACCAUUUAGGACUUCAUAGGUAAUGAAUAGGGUGGUCUGGUAACCUGUAUACUGAACUACAGACCUCUGUCUUUGAAAACUGUUUGGAAACUGCAGUUGGUAUAAAAUACAGCUGAUAGCCUACUAACUGGAGCUGGCUCUAGGGACUAUGUCUCACUGUUGUACUAGGCUCUCAUAAGUUGAGAAGGUAAAGGAUCCUGGACGGUGAAGUCCAGUCAAAGGCGACUAUGGGGUUGCGGUACUUAUCUCGCCUUCAGGCCGAGGGAGCCAGCGUUUGUCCACAGACAGCUUUGGGUCAUGUGGCCAGCAUGACUAAACCGCUUCUGGUGCAACGGAACACCGUGACGUAAACCAGAGCGCACAGAAACACUGUUUACCUUCCCACCACAGUGGUACCUAUUUAUCUAUUUGCACUGGCGUGCUUUUGAACUGCUAGGUUGGCAGGAGCUGGGACAGAGCUCACCCCGUCGUGGAAUUCGAACCACUGACCUUCUGAUUGGCAAGUUCAAGAGGCUCAGUGGUGUAGACCAUAGCACCACCCCAUCCCUAAGUUGAGACGGAAAGAGGUGUAGGCUAUAUUUCUGGAAUGUUAGCAGCAAAGCCAAAUACUUAAACUGUUAACAACAUGAACAACUGUCAGUCAUCACAUUUGCUAUGGAGAACAAUGACUUUCUAAUUCUGCAUUUAAGUUAAAAAUUAACUCAUUUUGUGUUUUAUUUUAGGUGGGAGAAGUACUACUACAUAUCUGCCUCACAGUGCAGUUAAUCAAUCUGUAACAAGUGCCUGGCUCAGCAAUGAUCCCACUAAAGACCGCAUGGAGAUCACAAAUUUAGUUUCAAAUCCAACAUUAUCUGUGAAUAGUUUAGAUGUUUUAGGAUCAUGUCUUGUAUAUGGAACUGAUGCAGAAUCUAUUUAUGUUAAAAAAAACCUAUUUGCAUAAUUUUAUCUCCACCAAAGCUGAUUUUGAACUUCUAAAUGCUGAAAUACAUUUUCUAGUCAUAAACUAGGGGAAUAAUUUGUAAUGGCAGAUAAACUACAAUUCACAUUGCAGCCUCGAUUCUUUAACCAUGUUACAUAAAAGAAAAAUAAUUGCCAUUUCUUUCUAGUUCAUGGGUUACCAACUCCUCUUUGCAGUAAGCUACCUAAAGCUCAAAAAUAUAAAAGGAUAGUUCAGCCACUUUUACAGUUCUUCAGCAAUCAUGAAGAAUAUAAUUAAUGUUUAAGUUACUGAUAGUGGCAGUAGACUAAAUUUCUGAACAAAUGCUUGUUUGGGGGAGACUUAUGUUGCAUUUUUAUGUACCAAUUAGGUUACAAUACUGCUAAUCAAAGCUGGAAAAAAUAUAAAUCUUGGCAAAGGAAAAUGGAAACAGUAGACUGUUAAAAUGCUUCAAAAUUUUAAUAGUAAGCCAUGAAAUGGUUUUAAAUAGUAACUUUAAUGUGACACUGCAUACCUCCAACACUGUAUCUGACAAUAAGAUCAAUCUUUGGCCUGUCAUACAAAUUCCAUUUAGAUUAGCACUGUUACUAUGAAUUUUUACUUAGAAGUCCCACUGAUUUCAGGAAGACUUUUUCCCAGUUAAGUAAGCUAAGGUUCAACAGCCUUAUCAAUUUAAGAAACACAACUGCUUGUAAAAUUGUUAAGAAAUCACUGACUGCAUGUAUCAUUUAUGAGAACUUUUUUAUUAAACUGUCAAUAGAAGUUGGUUUUCUUUUCCUACACUCGAGUGCUUAAACAAUUAUUAUAGAACUUGAACAUAUUUAUUGAAUAAUAAAGCUGUCUUUGAUAGCUGUAAGCAGGGCUGCCAGAAGGGUCUAUGAUAAGGUUACCAGAUUUUUUUCAAUGAAUCCGGGGACACUUUUCAACUUCAUACUAAAUACCGUAGAUGGAUUUUGUCAGGGGACUGAUUUGUAAAUCUGGGGACGUCUGGUAGCCUUAGUCUAUGAGUCCAAGUGAGCUUUUUAAACCAAAAGUGAAUAGUUUGUUCCAGCCCUCCUCCAGGUGUAUAGGACCACGAGCUGUUUGGGGUAGGUGGGUGAGUAGGAAGGCACUGAUGCACUCCAAAGAAGACUGUCCUGUUACAGAAACCAUGUGAAGGCCAUAGUUUUACCUCCACAAUAAGUCUUCAGUUAAAGGUAAAGGGACCCCUGACCAUUAGGUCCAGUCGUGACCGACUCUGGGGUUGCGGCGCUCAUCUCGCUUUAUUGGCUGAGGGAGCCGGUGUGCCGCUUUUGGUUAUGUGGCCAGCAUGACUAAGCUGCUUCUGGCAAACCAGAGCAGCACGCGGAAACGCUGUUUACCUUCCCGCUGGAGUGGUACCUAUAUAUCUACUUGUGCUUUGACGUGCUUUUGAACUGCUAGGUUGGCAGGAACAGGGACCGAGCAAUGGGAGCUCACCCCGUUGCGGGGAUUCGAACCACUGACCUUCUGAUUGGCAAGUCCUAGGCUCUGUGGUUUAACCCAGUUAGGCUAAACAGCCCUAUGCCACUUGUGAGUUGUGGCCUGAUCCAAGAUGGGCCACAACAGGAGCACUACCACCAUGCAAAUGCACGGUAAAAGAUUAAAGAAGGUGUCCCCUACUGCAUGUUUGGGUGAAGAGUGGGUCCUGGGUCUGAAAACUUUCCCUGAAGAAUGGGGGGUAGGCUAAGCCGAAGGCAGCAGAAUACCUUGGCCUGGUUCUGUCCUCUACUUAGUUCCACCCAAUGGGCCCAAUCCGCACCCCCCGACAGCCAGAGCAGGCGAGCGAGAAGCGACCCAUGAGUAGAGACUGCAGCUGUUCCUUGCAGCCACCUACUGCUCGCCGGCAACCGAGCAACGAAACUAGUUGCAAGAAACAGCUGCCGCAGCCAUCUCUCGCUCUUUCAGCGGCACGCUCAUCUCAUUGCCCAGGCCCUACUGUUUGGCCCGCCUGAGCAGCCGCUUUCCCUCGCUUGCGCUGCGUGCUCCUCCCGGGCAGAAGCAAGCGGAGGCUGCUGCUGCUGCUCGCUGACACUGCCAGAUCCUCUGCCUCCCUUCGGUGAGAGGGAGCCGUCUCCCCGCAGCAGCCUCUCCGAGAAGCAGCAGCAGAAGCAGCUCACAGGCGCUGCGAGACAGGCACGCGCCCGCCUUCUCCCCACUGCUCGCCUGGCCCAGCUUCCCUCGGCAGUUGCAUCACCCGCCCCCUGCCCCCCCCCCCCGAGAAGGCGGAGGCUUCUUACUCCUCGCAUUCCAAAGCGAGGGGAGAAGAGGAGGAGGCCAAAAGCCGGCGAAACACGCAAAGGAAGACGGGAAAAGGUUUUACAUCCGGGAACCUUGGGCGACAGGCCCUCCGACAAAAUGGCGGCCCGGAACUGAACCCCGGAAAAAAGGGGGUGGGUGGGAGAUAUUGCAGGGGGGAGGGGACGAGCAACUGCUGCCAUCAGCACCGGGGACCGAAGCCUUGCUGGCUGCUGCAGAGACGCGCCGCUCCCGCCCCUCUGGGAAUCGCUCGCCUUGAGGCGCUGCCGUCUCCUCCCUCAGGCAGGUGGGUAGGAAGGCUUGGCUGCAGUUCCGCCUCAGGGAAGGAAACUCGGUGGCUAGUUAAUGGGGAAGGCCCUGCGCACCACACGCCUUGGCCUGGGGUGUUAUAACGGGUCCUUCGCUGCCACGGCAAGAACGUCGCUGCCUCCCUUGCCUGGUGAGCGUCUCACCUCCUUCCUCCCCCCGCAUUCCUCCGUCUCCGUACAGCUUCUCUCAGGCAGGUUUCUGGCCUUUUUGGUGUCGUGGGCGUUCCUUGUUAGACCAUCCGUCCCAUUCAACCUUAGACACCCGCUUGCAGCCACCUUAUUUAUUUCCUGCUCUCCAUCCGUUCCCCACUUUUUCAUGCUGUGCUGACGAGAAGUAAGUCUUAACGAAGUAGCUGUUCUCUUUUAUUUCUCUAUUUGGAAUUUCGUUUUCCUGUCAGAUCUCUCUAUCUUGCUGACUGGUUUUUUUAAAAAUGAUAAUUAAAGAAAGGUAGUAGUUAACAUUCUCCCAGGGCAGAUCAGAAUUGUUUGGAAACCUGCCUACUAUUUCUCCACAGCGAGAUCUGUAUUAUCAUUUUUUAAAUGUUUCAUCUUAUUGCUUGGAAUAAUGAUUAGAUGAAAAAGAAUGUCUGUUCAAAGUAUAACACCAAUUCGAAUCUGAGAUUAAUCUGCAAGAUCAAAUCACUUAACAGGGAACAAUAUCUAACUGAUAUGAUGCUGAUAGGCUUUUCUUUUUCUGGUUUACAGUACUGUAUAGUACUUUGCUUAGGUGCAAGUUUGAGUUGAACUGAUCUAUAGUCAUAAAUAGCCUAAUUGUGAAGAAAAACCUGCAGUUGGAGUUUUUUUCUCUUUAAACCACAGCUCCGCUUCCAAGUAUUUUGGUAUUGAUUGUCAUUAUUAAAUAUUAGGUUCUUAACAUUCUGCUGUAUGCUAUACAAAUAAUAAAAUAGGCAAACUUUUGCCUAGAUGGCUUACUAUAUUAUUUUAUGCCCAGGGUGGAGAGAGGGAAUAUCGUAAACAAAAAACACAGAACCUCAGAUAUAUAAAUUUUACUUAAGGGGGGAGGAAUGAAAAGAUUACUAUGCUUUAUUUUCUUUUGUUUUAAAAGUGUGCCUCAAUGUGGUGUUUUUGAGAUAUAAUGAUUGUAGGUAUUAACAGUUAUAAAAGUUAGCUGUGUUUGUCCUCAUAGUUUAUAGCAUGGGUAGGCAAACUAAGGCCUGGGGGCCGGAUGUGGCCCAAUCGCCUUCUAAAUCCAGCCCCUGGAUGGUCUGGGAAUCAGCAUGUUUUUUACAUGAGUAGAAUGUGUCCUUUUAUUUAAAAUGCAUCUCUGGGUUAUUUGUGAGGCAUAGGAAUUUGUUCAUAUUCCAACAUAUAGUCUGACCCCCCACAAGGUCUGAGGGAUAGUGGACCGGCCCCCUGCUGAAAAGCUUUGCUGACCCCUGGUUUAUAGUAUUUCAUUAUGAGCUAUUGGACUUUUUCUUUAUUGUUAUAGGUCUCCUAACAGCUUGAUCUUACACGUUUAUUCAAGUUUAAUUUAUUUAAAUUGGGCUUACUCCCAAGUGUGUUUGUGAUCUAAGGUAGUGGUUCCCAAACUUGUUAUCUCCUGGACCACCUGAAAAUUGCAGUGUCUUGGCAGACCACUUAAUGAUUUUCUAUUUGUUUAGCAAUUGUAAUGUGCUGUGCUAGAUACUGAAGUAUUUCUUUAAAGUUAUAUGGAAUUCAAAUUUUAAUACAAUAACUUGGUCUCAGGACUCUAAGUGGAAUCAGCAAAUACUGCAUCUCCCAUCCCUCCAUUCUACCUGCAAGAAUGUCCAGUUUGCAGAGCAGCAGCUUCCUUUAAUCAACACAUUUCCAUUAGAGAAGCCUUUUCAUUUGUAACAUGGCAGGUCUGAAUCCAGCUCUUUGUGAAUUAAAACAUGACUAGUGAUGGAUGCAGGUGGCGCUGUGGGUUAAACUACAGAGCCUAGGACUUGCCGAUCAGAAGGUCGGCGGUUCGAAUGCCCGCAAUGGGGUGAGCUCCCAUUGCUCAGUCCCUGCUCCUGCCAACCUAGCAGUUCGAAAGCACGUCAAAGUGCAAGUAGAUAAAUAGGUACCGCUCCGGCGGGAAGGUAAACAUCGUUUCCGUGCGCUGCUCUGGUUCGCCAGAAGCAGCUUAGUCAUGCGGGCCACAUGCCCUGUCUGCUGACAAACGCCAGCUCCCUCAGCCAGUUAAGUGAGAUGAGCGCCGCAAUCCCAGAGAGUCGUCUGCGACUGGACCUAAUGGUCAGGGGUCCCUUUACCUUUACCUUUAGUGAUAUUUAGCAGGACCGGAAGAGAAAAAUAGUUUUAAACUUUAAUAUAUUGAAAGAAAACAGAAGGGACACAAGCCAAUUCCUAUCAGCUUUUAAAAAAUAAGUUAAUACAACAUGUAAUAUUUUAGUGCACAUAUAGUGUUGAGCAUUUCUAGUUUAUUCCUAUUCAAAGAGGUAUUUUCAUAUUGGCCAUCCCAGUAGGAUUUCUUUCUUUCUUUAUUACAGGUGUGGAUCCCACAUUCUUUCACUACUGCUUUCGAAAGUACUAUGCUUCAAAAGCAAAUUGCAGUGUAGCUGAUACUUUGGUGGGUUUUUUAAGCCCACACCUCAUUUGAAAUGUGGAACUAAAUGUGCCACUGGUAAAGUGUGGACAAAAACUUUAGAAGCUUUUUUUUCCCAUUGAGGACUGUUCAGGCUCAUUGAAAUCAAAUUUGGAUUUUCCAUUGACUUAAGUGGGAAGUAGAUUAUUUUGUUGAAAAUGCAGACUUUAAGUAGGUAGUCCUUUUUAAAAGGUGAGUGGAUAGUCCUGCAGGUCUUUGCCUCUUGUGUACCUACUAUCUUUGCAGUAUUUUAACUGGAUUGAUGGCCUAUGUUCUUAGCACUACUUUGAACAUCCUUCAUUGAAAGCAAAUGUAUAGGACGACAUCCAGUGAUGUCCGCCUGAUUGUGCAGCAGAUUUCUGUGUAUGCAGUGGGACUCCCCUUCCUUUGCUCCCUUAGCUCCCCUGCAUGCCCUCCAAAUCUCCAAAGGGCCCUUUAACUCCAGAGUUAAAGUCCGGUUUCCGUCCUGGUUUUGGGACCAAGACGGCUUUGGUUGCCCUAACAGAUGAUCUCCGUAGACAACUGGAUCGAGGCGGGUCAGGACUGCUGAUCCUUUUAGAUUUGUCAGCAGCCUUUGACAUGGUCGAUCAUGAUCUUCUGGACCACCGCCUCGCAGACGAGGGGAUACAGGGCAUAGCCCAUAACUGGUUGUGCUCUUUUAUCUCUGGUCGGGGACAGAGGGUGGCACUAGGGAGGGAAAUGUCGUCGCGCCACUCCUUGGUGUGUGGAGUGCCGCAGGGCGCAAUUCUCUCCCCGAUGCUUUUUAACAUCUUUAUGCGUCCCCUUGCCCAGAUUAUCCGGAGCUUUGGGCUGGGCUGUCACCAAUAUGCUGAUGACACUCAGCUCUAUCUGCUGAUGGAUGGCCACAUCGACUCGGCCCCGAACACACUGACCAGAUGCUUGGAAGCUGUGGCUGGAUGGUUUCGUGGGAGCCGAUUGAAACUAAAUCCUUCGAAGACAGAGGUCCUAUGGCUAGGUCGGGAUGGCAUGGGGAUGAGGAACCAACUCCCUUCUCUUGCGGGGGCCCAAUUAGUGCCAUUGCCUUCCGUUAAGAGUUUGGGUGUAAUCCUUGAUGCCUCCCUUUCCAUGGAGGCGCAAGUUACAGCAACAGCCAAGGCGACAUUUUUCCACCUUCGCCGCAUCAAGCAGUUGGUCCCUUACCUUUCCCGCCCCAACCUGGUCACAGUGAUCCAUGUGACGGUCAUCUCCAGGCUUGACUACUGUAAUUCGCUCUACGCGGGGCUGCCCUUGAAGCUGUCCCAGAAACUCCAGCAGGUACAGAAUGCUGCAGCGAGGCUCCUCACAGUGUCUCUGCCAUGGGAGCAUAUUCACCCAGUGCUUUUCAAGCUGCAUUGGCUCCCGGUGGAGUACAGGGUCAGAUUUAAGGUGCUGCUUUUGACCUUUAAAGCCCUUCACGGCCUAGGACCCUCAUACCUACGGGACCGCCUCUCCCGGUAUGCCCCACGGAGAGCCUCAAGGUCCAUAAAUAGCAACACCCUAGUGGUCCCAGGCCCUAAGGAAGUUAGAUUGGCUUCAACCAGAGCCAGGGCCUUUUCAACUCUGGCUCCGGCCUGGUGGAACGCUCUGCCUCAUGAGACCAGAGCCCUGCAGGAUCUGAUUUCUUUCCGCAGGGCCUGUAAGACAGAGUUGUUCCGCCUGGCCUUUGGCUUGGAGCCAAUUUGAUUCCCUCCCUCCGUCUCUUCCUUUUUUCUUUUCCUUCUCCUCCUGCGAUGAGGCUACUUUUUAAUAUUUUAAUGUUUCAAUAUUUUAAUGUUGUAUUUUAAUUUUGUUUUUAAGUUGUAAUCAUUCAACUUGUUUUUAUUAUUGCUUGUAAGCCGCUCUGAGCCCGGCCUUGGCUGGGGAGGGCGGGGUAUAAAUAAAAAUUAUUAUUAUUAUUAUUAUUAGAGGUGACUAGAGGGACAGAGGAUAGGGCAGCUAUUGGGAGGUGGGGCCAGGUACAUCGAGAUAGAGCUAAAGAUAGGGGAAGUAUAGUGGUACCUCGAGUUAAGUCCUUAAUUCGCUCCAGAGGUCCGUACUUAACCUGAAACUGUUCUUCACUUGAAGCACCACUUUAGCUAAUGGGGCCUCCUCCUGCUGCUGUGCCGCCAGAGCAUGAUUUCUGUUCUCAGCCUGAAGCAAAGUUCUUAACCCGAGGUACUAUUUCUGGGUUAGCGGAGUCUGUAACCUGAAGCAUAUGUAACCUGAAGCGUAUGUAACCCGAGGUACCACUGUACUACAGUUUUGUGAGACACACUUAUUUUAGGGUAAACCUCAUUGAACAAAGUGGGACUUCUGAGUAAGAUUGUGUUAGUAAUCUUGACUAUGUCCUACUUCAGAAAUAUAAUUAGUCAUUACAUAGUCACACUACAUCAUUCCAAUAGAGAAACCAGCAAAAUGUUACCUUCAGGAACAGUUAUUUUACCACAUGCAGCUCGAUCCAAUGCAUGAUUACUUAUUGAAUGGAAUAUGACUGGCUCCCAAAGUAGUGUAUAUUGGAUUGCAUUCCUGUGCCUUUGACAGUAGCUUAACAUGCUGAAAGUAAACAGGUGAAGCUCUUCAUAACAUGGCUAUAUCAAUUGUGGGGAAAGCUGUUUCCAGCCAGUGUACUUAGAAGUGGCCUUAUUCCUAAGUGCAUUGGAGUUCAGCCUUCAUAGAAACCCUGCUUUUCAUAUCAGGCUACUGCUAAACUCACGGAAGCAGGAAAAUAAAGUUGGUAAUCCUGCUGCUAGUCUAGAAAGAUGCCUUGGGGGACAAGUAGAAUUGCCACCUCACUGGAUUCUUGUGCCUUCAAACAGCUGCAAGGAGAAGCAAAUUUUCAGCAGCUGUAACUUACCUAGGAAUGGAAAAUCCAGUUUUAGAGCCUGAUCUGGGUAUCAAAAUGAACUUUCAUUAAAUUUGCAAUAGGAAUAAAAGUUUCAAGUAUCCAUUUCACUGAGGAUUGGUGAGGCUCAGAGACCAAUAACGUACUUGUCCAUUUCAGAGAGUGUAAAACUCAACAAAGCAGUUGCAAAAGCCUAUUGUAGAGCAGAGAAAAUGGUAGUUAUGUUGUGUUUUAUAAAUCCAGAUGUGCACCAGAUGAGUUAGCUUCACUUAAAAAUUUCAGAGGGGAAAAAUGGACUACUGCUACUGAAAGUAAACCUCCAACAAAGCUUUUCCAAAAGUGCAUUUCAGGGACACCCCACCCCCAUUUUAAAAGCAGUUUAAAAUAUUUCUUUCUCCACAAAUUAGACAUAAGUUUAAUUUACCCCAACAGAAAUGACUUCUUGCAAAAAGAGGUCUGAAUUUUUGCAUAAUAGUCUUGGACUUGGUUAGUUUGUUUUGAGAGUAUCCCCAGUCUUUGACAGCACACAGUAACUUACGUUGGGUGAGUUAUACAUGGAUAUCUCUGAAGUUGUGUCUUUUUUAUAGAGUCUCUCCAUGCCUGCUUCCCUCAAUUCAAGCUAGGUUAUAAAGAAUAAAGCAUUUUGCUAAAGCUGUCAGAUCAAAUCAUUUGGAAACAAACAUGUAAAUAAAACUCUGGCUGCAAUCCUAUGCACGCUUAAUUGAGAGUAAAACCAAAUGAUCCCAGCAGGAGUUAUUUUUUACUAAGCAUGCAUAGGAUUUUGCUGUUGGCAGGAAAACAACAAUUGGAAAAUGUUAUAACAAUGACAUUUAUUUAUUUAGGUUGGCUGACCUAGGUUUGAAUGAAUGGUUAUCCUCCUGGAAUCAAGGUCAACCGUCAAUUUUGAAGUUGCCAUCCAACUUGUUGAGUAUAUUGAAGGUGAAUCUUCGUUAG